GGGCGGUAAUGUGGACGUACGAUAAAGUGAUCCAUUUAAUUGAAUUGUUUCGUGCAAGACCUUUGUUGUGGGAUACAACUAACGCCGAAUUUAAGGACGGAGAGAGGAAAAACGCGGCAUUGGAGGAAAUAGCGAGUGCUUUGAAUAUUACGAAGAAAGAUGUGGAAUCUAAACUGCACACGAUACGAUCGCAGUUCACCAGAGAGAGAAAGAGGAUAGCGGCGGCGAUACGUCACGGCGUCACAGAUACACAGAAGAUGUGGAUAUAUUACGAACCGAUGCAAUUUUUGUUGAGGGCAAAGAAUUACACCCAUUAUGAUCUAAAUAAAUUAACGUUUCAGGGAGAGAGUAGUCUUUGUCAAAGUGACAUGGUAGCAGCAUGCUACUUAGAUGAUUCAUCGUCAAGACUCACACCAAAAGAAGAGUCAAAAGAGGAGUCUGAUAACACAAGCGAAAAUUUUACUUACGAGUUUAAAGCUGAAGAGAUAGAUGAACAGGAUAAUGAAGAAGAUAACCAGGAAAAUCGAGAAGAUAGGGAGCAGGAAAAUGAAGAAUUACAGAUGUUUCCUUUUGCUGCACAUUUUGCUGAUGUUACAGGUGUAGACGAUGAUCAAAAUCCACGUAAUGAUAUGGCUUACUCCUGGACCCACGACAAAGUUAAACGCCUAAUAGAACUCCUUCGUUCAAAACCUGUGCUCUGGGACACAACUAUAAAGAACUACAGAAGUAAACCUAAAAGAACUGAGGCAUUUGAAGAAAUUGCUCGAGUCUUAAAGAUCACAAGAAAAAAUGUCGAGGCCAAAGUACAUGGACUUCGUACACAGUUCGUCAAAGAGAGACAGAAAAUAGCAACAAAAUUAAGAAGUGGUAUUCCAUAUGAGAAAAUAAUUAAGUGGGUGUUUUACGAGCGACUGCAAUUUUUAUACUCUACAGCUCCUAGGAAUAAAUUUGAUAUUGCCGAUAUGAUGGUCGACUACAACUUGUAUGAAAAUCAAUUGCGGUCUGAGUAUAUAGAAGGCGAAUCUACGUCAGAAGGAGCCUCGGAUGCUUCAACGUCCACGUUCGCAAGAAAAAGAAGGAAGAUGCAACUUCCGAUGAAUAGAAGAGAGAUAGAAGAACUCUCAUUCAAUGGAACGGAAAUCUUAACAAAUAGAACAGAGGAAGACUUUUUGGUAAAUAAAAUUGAGAUAGAAGAACUCGCAAGCAGUAGUAAAAUCUGCGAUGAUGAGUCUAUAGAUUGUGCUGAUAAAAAGAUAAAAAAGACUUUGGAUGAGAUGGAUUCUUUUGAUAUUUACGGUGCGUACGUUGCUUCUGAGCUGAGGAGUGUAAACAACGCCCAAGAAGUGACACAAGCCAAGUACCUCAUUAACAAUAUACUGUACGAACUGAAAAUGGGACGCUACAAAGACAAGGACCUAAAUGCUGACGAAUCAACAUAAUUUAGUUUUAGUAUUGAGUAGACUGUUUUAAUUUAUACUGUUGUAUCAAGUUCUCACUUGUUUUUUGUACUCGUUAUAAGCUU